AACGAACGACUGAGACGGGGGGAGAGAGAGAGAGAGAGAGAGAGAGAGAGAUGAGCGGAGCAGUAUCAACGGCAGGGUACCUGGCGCGGCGAGCCGCGCAAAAAGAGAGAGUUAGGAUCCUCUAUCGCCGUGCUCUCAAAGAGACACUCAACUGGGCCGUCCAUCGCCACCUCUUUUACAAAGAUGCCGACGACCUUCGCGUCAGGUUCGAAGCCAACAAACACGUGGAGGAUCUUGACACAAUUGAUAGACUGAUUGAUGUUGCUGAAGCAAGCUAUAAUAAGUGGCGACACCCUGAUCCUUAUAUUGUUCCUUGGGCUCCUGGUGGUUCUAAGUUUUGUAGAAACCCGCCUCCACCUGCUGGGAUUGAGAUAAUAUACAACUAUGGCAAGGAAGAUAAUGACUAAAUCUUACAUCUUUCCCGUGGCAAUAAAUAAAAGGUUGAGUUGAUCCAUGGCUAUGCUCGGAAAAUGAUGUCGAAGGCUCAUACUCUGUGUUUUUCCCUUUU